GUUGGAGCACUAGCAUGGCCUCGUGCUAAUCGGAACGUCGCUUUCCUGCGGAAUCCGGCUCCGACAGACCUACGGCGAGGAGAGCUCAUGUAAGACUCCGUCAUCGAGAUCAGCCCCGCCUCCUACGUGAGCGCGAGCCAGGAGUCGGAGGACGGCGUAGUUGAAGCCUUAACCUAGCCUCGUGCUAAUCGGAGGACGAGGUCGCUUUGCUGCGGAAUCCCGCCGCAAGAGACCUGCGUCAGCUCCGGCGCGAGCGGGAGGCAGCAGUCGGAGGGCCGCGUCAGCUCCGGCGUCCGGAAGUGUACGCGAGGAAGAAGAAGGCGAUCAACACCCUCACUCGCCUCUAUGCCCUCAUCACGCCCCAAGUUUGCAGCUGGAACAACCAACGAACACCUGCAAGUGAUUCAAGACAUCGAUGAGCUUGACCUGGACAAUCAGCUAGGCGUCGCGGAUUACAUUGAGGAUAUCUACAACUUCUACAAAGUUGCCGAGAACGAGUGCCGCCCCUGCGACUACAUGGACUCCCAGGUGGACAUCGACUCGAGGAAGCGGGGCGCCCUCGUCGACUGGAUAAUAAGAGUGCAUGAAAAGCUUGAGCUCAUGCCGGAGACCCUCUACCUUGCGGUGUACAUCAUCGACCGGUACCUCUCGAUGCAGCGGCCCGUGCUUCGAAGUGAGCUGCAGAUGGUAUGCGCCUCGGCCCUGCUGAUCGCUUGCAAGUACGAGGAGGAGGACGCCUGGGAUCCAGAGGUGGAGGUUUUCGUCUAUAUAUUAAACGACGUCUACACCAGGGAGCAGAUACUGGGGACGGAGAUGGCCAUUCUGAACAAGCUUGAAUGGAACCUGUCAGUUCCUACACAUUACGUGUUCCUCUCGCGCUUUGCCAGGGCCGCGUCCUCCUCACAUCUGAAGAACGACGAGGAGAUGGAGAACAUGGUGUUCUUUUUUGCUGAACUGGCGCUGCUGCAAUAUGCGCUGGUGCCGUCCAAGCCCUCCAUGGUUGCUGCCGCUGCUGCCUAUGCAGCCAGGCUCACACUCAAGAAGACGCCUCUAUGGACUGAGACUCUCGAGCACCAUACUGGCUUUACCGAGUCUCAGCUAAUGGAUAGUGUAAAGAUCCUGGUGACCGCACACUCGGCUGCACCUGAGAGCAAGUUGAAGGUGGUUUAUGAGAAGUAUUCCAGCGAAAAGUUGGGAGGAGUUGCCCUGCGCCCACCUGCAAUCGACUUCUGCAAAUAAAUGGGAUUUCGUCGACAGUCCCUGCCAUUUGUGUGACAAAAUGCACCUUGAUCAGCCACACGGAAAUUCAAGGAGGAAGCGAUGGCGGACUUCAUCACCAAGGCGAAGUAGCUGCUGCAUCCACCACCUAGGCUAGACAACCACAAUAUAUAUUAUCCAUGGUAGUUGUCAAGGCUUACGGUCCUGAUAAUUAUUUUUCAAGGCUGUAACUAAGCUUUGUGAUACGCAUGCAUGGACAUGCAACUUCAGAGGCUGGUUGUGUACUUAUUGUGUUUG